AUGGUCCUCCUUCGCGCCAACACGGCCGUGCGGGCCGCCAGAACCCUCCGCACCCUCGCCGCGACACCUUCCGCUACUACCGCUGCUCGUCCCUUCUCGGUCUCUUCGCGCCGCCUCGGCGGCGACGCUCACGGCCACCACGAAUCUCCCUACGAUCCUCCCUCCGGCUACCUCUUUGGCAUCAAGCCCGGCGAGAAGCACCAGAAGGAGGGAUGGGAGAACCUCAUGUUCUACGGCUUCGUCCCUAGCUGUCUGCUCCUCAUCGUUGCGCUUGCCUUCAAGCCCGAUACUUCCCUCGAUACCUGGGCCCUCGAAGAAGCCCGCAGGAGGUUAGAAGCCGAGGGUCUCCUCGUGGAUCCUCAUCCCGAGCACGUCCUCCCCGUCGACGAGUACACGAGCACGAGAGAGGGCAAGCACCCUCCCGUCUAA